UAGAAAUCUAAAUUAAGGGUCUCAUUAAGGGUCUUAAGGUUAGUAUUUAGAUUUAUCAAGGGUCUGUAUAACGGUGCGUGGGCCUUUGACGGUCAGACAAUAAAGGAUGUCGCACGGACCAUCUCACGCGACGUAACAACUAAUAUGAUGGAACUAUUUUAAUUGUGUUCGAGUUGAUUUUUAUAUAAACCUAAAUCAAUGCAAACGACGCUACAUGGUAUGCACGCUUAUUUUUAAAUCAGAAGUAAUUUGAUGUGAAUUACGAAUUAUGUUUGUCUGGAUCGCUCGAGUUAUUCGAUUUACAAAAACAAAGAUGAUAAAUUGAAUAUUUAAAUACUGAGAUCUACUCUAAUCUCUAUCCAGAAAAAACCUGUUCGUUUUUGAUCGUAUGGCUAGCGCGUCGUUCAAACAAACGCGUGGACGAAGGACGGACAGACGGACGAACGAACGAACGAACGAACGAAUGAAUAGAUAAGCCGACCAACCGGUUUCUUUUUAGUUUUCUGAAUACCCGUUGGAUGCUAGUUGAUUGAGAUCAGCGCAUCGCGAAUCGUUGUAUUAAUAGAAUACAGUGGAUCGCGCGGAAUUGUUCGUGUAGAUUGAGUAUUCGACUGCAUUGUCUGUACGGUAAAUUGAAGUCGAAUAACCAUGAAACGUGUCGUUGGAAUAACUGGAAUAAUGGGAUAUCUGCUGGUAUCGUAUAUCGUUGUCGUGACCCUCACUAUAAAACAAUGUAAAUCAGAGAUAACGAAAUCUCCGUCUCAUUUGGAUACAAACAGAACUACAAGCACUGGCCCUGUAAUUGUUAACCGCGACGAAGACGAUGAGAUUUUUAUACCUUAUCAAGGAGAACGUUUUAGCAUAUUCGAUUGGGCAUUGUUUAGAACUAUGAGCAAGAAAUAUUCUGGGAAUAUGUUGCUCUCGCCUAUAUCCUUAAAGAUCGUAUUGGUAUUAUUGUACGAAGGGGCUCAGGAUGAAACUGCACACGAACUCGCUACCGCGAUGCAAUUACCCGCCAACGAAAAUGUUAUACGAAAGAGAUUUUCCACUAUUUUACAAUCGCUCCAGACCAAUCCUCCAGCGUACAUUUUGAAUAUUGGAACGAGAAUUUACAUCGAUUCAAACAUUUUGAUCCGACAAAAAUACGAAGCCACCGUGAAAGCCUAUUACGACACCGACGUAAUUUCCGCGAAUUUAUCUGACGCGCAGCCACUCGUGCAAGCGAUUAACGACUGGGUCAGCAAUAUUACCGAUGCCAACAUAGAUCAAAUGAUAAAAGAUGAAAACAACGUUAAGAAUUCUUUGAUGCUGAUCAUGAACACGCUUUUCUUCAAAGGAACGUGGCGUCACAAAUAUUUUUCUCCGGAAAAUACACGAACGGGAAAAUUUCAUACGAUCGAUAACCGAACUAUAGACGUACCUUUUAUGCAUACAUUUGGUCGAUUUUAUUACGCCAUCUCGCCUGAAUUAGACGCAAAAAUUCUACGAAUUCCGUAUGACGGGCGCAAGUUUGCCUUGUACUUGCUAUUACCACGGAAUAGAACAUUAGAUGGAAUAGAACACCUUAUUAACGAAGUUACUCCUUUCGUGUUGACACGAUACGUAUGGCAGAUGCAAAAUCUGCCCAUUGCUGUUUCUAUUCCUAAGUUUAAAUACCAGUUUUCCAGUCACAUGGAACCCGUUCUCCGUGAGGUUGGUAUUCGCAAUAUUUUUGAUGAUACCGCGACAUUAACGGGCAUAGCUCAAACCAGACGAAUUUCGAGUAAUCUCAAAGUGUCGGAUAUUUUACAAAAAACUGGAAUCGAAGUGAACGAAAAUGGCACUACGGCUUAUGUGGCUACUGAAAUUGAUAUUGGGAAUAAAAUCGGGGAGGAAAUCUUCCACGCCGAUCAUCCAUUCUUAUUCUACAUCGAAGAUGAGUCCACAGGAACGAUUAUCUAUAUCGGCAGGAUGAUGAAUCCUCUUGAUACAACCGGUAGUACCGCUAGCGGGGAACAAUACUUAUCUCAAUCACCGCCCAAGCUUAACGCAGGGAUAUCAAAUGCAGUGGUAACGGAUAAUGGUCUCCUGUCUUCCUAUUUCCAUGAUGAACGAGAUAACACACUACAUACGAUUAUUAAUAUAAAACUAUUUUUAGACUCGAUUUCCCAAGCAGGCUUGAAUGCCGAAGAUCGAAAUAAUCUUUUCAAUAUGUACUUUCCACAGGCUCUAAGCAAGAAAUAUACAGAUGGAAAUCUAGUAUCAUCGCCUGCAAGUGUUAAAACGAUUUUGACAAUGUUAAUGGAAGGUGCGAAUGGUAAUACGAAAUCGGAAAUUAUUUCGGUAUUAAGAUUACCACCGGAAGGAAAGUCGCGUAGAGGAGAACUCGCACAACGUAUUCUCGCGUCUUUAAACAGAAAUGAAAACGGGACGGAAAUUGCUUUGACCACGCGAUUGUGGAUACACGAAAAUUUACGCGUAUCAAAUAAUUACAAAAAUAUUCUACGAUCGCGUUACCAAGGAGAUAUAGAAAGUGUAAAUUUUAUGGAAUCGCAAAGUACCGCGCGCCAUAUCAACGAAUGGGUUCGUCGUGUAACGCACAAUACGAUCUCUUCGGCUUUGUUAUUAAAUGACCUUCCACCUGAUACGCGUCUCAUUUUGACUUCAGUCAUCUAUUUUAAAGGACUCUGGUUAAAAUCGUUCGAUAAGGCGAACACAAAAUUACAAUGCUUCUAUAUUCCUAAUGGAGAAUGUCGAAACACGUACUUCAUGAAACAUGGAUCUAUUUAUCGAUAUGCUUAUAUACCUUCCAUUGAAGCACAUGUUUUAGAAAUUCCAUACUCGGAUGGUAAAACAUCAAUGUUGACUUUGAUGCCAAGGUCUAGAGAAAAUGAUCCAUACCUUCGGAUAUUAUCCGAUGAUUUGAUUACUGUUCCAGUUUCUGCGAUCUUAGCAAAUUUGAAAAAGCAAGAUAUUACUAUUCAUCUUCCAAAAUUCAAUAUUGAGAAUAAUCUUAAUUUAGUGCCCACGCUACGACACUUGGGUAUCGAGAAUAUAUUUCAACCCAAUACGAAUUUGUCCAAAAUGAUUUCUGACAGUUCGAUACAUGUGACUAGUAUCUUGCAAAAUGUUAAGUUGGAAAUAGAUGAAGAAGGAACGCUAGCCGCAACCGAUACAGAAAUCGGAUAUGAGCUUCUGUCAUCAUGGGGUAACGACGUUAAAAUGGACAGACCAUUUCUUUUUAUGAUUAUUGAUACCGUUUUAAACAUGACUUUAUUUUCCGGUCGCUUUAUCGAACCACUUAAAUAAAUAAUAAAAAUAAAUAACAUAAACACAAAUGAUAUUUAAGGGGAGAAAAAGGGAAAUUGUGGAAUGAGCGUAGGAUGAAAACAAGGAAAUUUAUUAUUUUAUUUCGCGUUAAAUGUCAAAAAUUAACUAAGAGAAUAACGUACUAAAAUCAACAAUAAUGUUUAAGGAAGUUUUUUCCGUACAAAUACACGUAGACGAAUAUAGAUAAUAAGUUAUUGUAAGGAUAAAUAAAAAAUAUUGUACACUUA